GCGAAGAAGAAAGCCCAAGCUGCUGCCAAGAAGGCUGCCCAAGCUGGAGAGGAGCCUUCAGCUGUCUCAACACCGGAGCCUGCACCUGCUGCACUGCCCGCAGAAAAGGAAGAUGAGGACGAAGAGGAAGGUGAAGGAAGCGGCGCCAAAACCGACUCCAAGAAGAAAAAGAAGAAAAAAGCGAGGAAGGAUGAAGAAUCAGCUCCUGCGCCAGCGGCUGCUGCAGGGAAGAAGAAGGGCGGUGCGAUCGGUGCGCUCAAAGCGAUGAUGGAGGAGAAGAAGCGGUUAGAGGAGGAGGCACGGAGGCGUGAGGAAGAGGAGAGGAAGCGGAUUGAGGAGGAGGAACGGAUAGCGGAGGAAGAAGCGAGGAAAAAGGAGGAGGAGAAGCAGAGGAGGAAAGAGAAGGAGAAGGCCAAGCGCGAGCAGGCAAAGAAGGAGGGCCGCUACUCCGCCGAAGCAAAAGCAGGGCAUCGUAUGGCGGAGUCCGCAAGCAAGUUUCUCGCUCCGGUGUACAGAUCGAAGGUCUGCAGCAGCAGAGCCAGGAUCAAGAAGCCUGUGUACGGCGCAAGAGGAAAGAAGGGUCCUACGAGCACAACGGUAGUGUCCGAGAAGCCGGCCACGCCUGAGCCUGCUCCCGCUCCCUUGCCUGCAGAGCAGAAGGAGGAGAAAGAGGAGAAGGUCGAAGACGUUCAGUCCGACUGGGACGCUAGUAGUGGCGAGGAAGAGAAACCUUCAGCUGGCGUCAAGGAUUCGUGGGAUGCGGAUAGCGAUGAGGAGGGGGCCAAGCCUCCAGCACCUACUCAAGCUGCACCUGCAGCGAAUGGCUCGAGCAAGGCACCCGCAAAACAGGCUGCACCGGCCAAGCCUGCGGUCACCAAGAAGGCUGCGCCAGCGAAGGCCGCACCUGCACCCGCAUCCAAAGCCGCACUCGCCGCGGCCAAGACGAACAGCAAGCCCAAUGGCGCGAAAGCCCAGCCACAAGAAGAGUCCUCCUCCGAGGAAGAGAGCUCGUCAGAAGAGGAGUCGUCCGAGGAGGACUCCGACUCUGACGAGGAUUCGUCUGAAGAUGAAGGCAUGACCAAGGCGCAACAGAUGGCUGCGCAGAGGAAGGCGGAGGCGGUCGCGCGCCGAGCGAAGGCGCACGAGGCGGCGUUGGCUGCGAGGGACGAGUCGGAUCUGCGUAGUCCGAUUUGUUGUAUUCUGGGGCAUGUCGAUACGGGUAAGACGAAGCUGCUUGACAAGAUCCGGCAAACGAAUGUGCAGGAGGGCGAAGCGGGUGGUAUCACGCAGCAGAUUGGUGCUACUUAUUUCCCCGUGGACGCCAUUAAGACGAAGACGGCUGUGCUCAACAAGGAGGGCAACCAGGAGUACAAGAUCCCCGGUCUGCUCGUCAUCGAUACACCUGGUCACGAAUCGUUCACAAACCUGCGGUCUCGCGGAAGCUCGCUGUGUAACAUUGCCAUCUUGGUCGUCGAUAUCAUGCACGGAUUGGAGCCUCAGACGCUUGAGUCGCUCCGGUUACUCAGGGACCGCAAGACGCCGUUCAUCGUCGCGCUGAACAAGAUCGAUCGUAUGUACGACUGGGAUGCGACACCAGACAACGACUUCCGGAGCUCGCUCGCCAAGCAGAAGCGAUCCGUCCAGCGCGAGUUCGAGGACCGGUUGCAGAAGACAAUCCUCGCCUUCGCCGAGCAGGGCCUCAACGCUGUCCUCUACUACGAGAACAAGAGCUUCGCGCGCAACGUCUCGCUCGUGCCCACGUCUGCCAUCACUGGCGAGGGUGUGCCAGACAUGAUCAUGCUCCUCGUGAACCUCACGCAGCAGCGCAUGAGUGACCGGCUCAUGUACCUCAGCGAGCUUGAGUGUACGGUGCUCGAGGUCAAGGUCAUCGAGGGUCUUGGAACGACCAUCGACGUCGUCCUCUCAAACGGUAUCCUCAGGGAAGGCGACCGGAUCGUGGUCUGCGGUCUGAACGGCCCUAUCGUCACACAAGUACGUGCGCUGCUCACGCCACAGCCUCUGCGCGAGCUGCGGAUUAAGUCCGCGUACGUGCACCACAAGGAGAUCAAGGCGGCGAUGGGAGUGAAGAUCGUCGCGCCGGACCUCGAGAAGGCGAUCGCCGGUUCGCGGUUGUUGGUCGUGGGGCCGGACGACGACGAAGAGGAGAUGAUGGACGAGGUGAUGUCGGACCUGACGUCGCUCCUGAACUCGAUCGACAAGUCGGGGCGCGGCGUGUGCGUGCAGGCGUCGACGCUCGGCUCGCUCGAGGCGCUGCUCGACUUCCUCAAGUCAAGCAAGAUCCCGGUGUCGGGCAUCAACAUCGGGCCGGUGCACAAGAAGGACGUCAUGCGUGCGGCGACCAUGCUGGAGAAGGCGAAGGAGCUGUCGUGUAUUCUGUGCUUCGAUGUGCCUGUGGACAAGGAGGCGGAGAGGCUGGCGGAGGAGAUGGGCAUCCGGUUGUUCAAAGCGGAUAUCAUCUACCAUCUGUUCGACGCCUUCACUGCGUACAAUGCCGAGAUCAUGGAGGCGAAGCGGAAAGACGCUGCUCCUCAGGCUGUCUGGCCGUGCCGCCUCAAGAUCAUCGCCGCCUUCUGUAAGCGUGACCCGAUCAUCCUCGGUGUGGAUAUCCUCGAUGGCACUCUGCGGGUGAAUACACCCAUCUGUGUCGUGAAGACCGACCCAGAGACGCAGAAGAAGGAGAUCAUCGACCUAGGAAGGAUCACCUCUCUGGAGAUCAACCACAAAUCCUUCGACAUUGUCAAGAAGUCGCAGGCCGGUGGUGGUGUGGCCUCUGCGAAGAUGUUCGGCCGGCACUUCGACGACAAGGACGAGCUCUACAGCCACAUCACACGACAGAGUAUCGACGUCCUCAAGACCUCGUUCAAGCAGGAUGUCUCGAACGAAGAAUGGCUCCUAAUCAAGGCCUUGAAGCCGCGUCUCAACAUCUCCUGAUGAGUUCAUCCACUACGAAGGUUCAUGCUCAACGUCCGUCGCUCUAGUUUGUCGCAAUGCUUGUAUUGUAGGAAGCUCUGCAUGCACGCAUGUAUUUAUACGCACAUCUUUGUCUCUACUAAUAUCAUGUAGCUUUCUCCGGUCGAGCGACUGCCCCCACAGUGAUCAAUUUACCGCAUAUUUCAUUCCUGA